UCUGUGAUGCGGCUCGGCGUCGCCGCGCUGCCGGGGGAUCGCUCCUUCCGCUGCCUCCCCGCUCGGGGCAAGCGUUUGGAGCUGCCGCCGCCGCCGCGGGCCGGGGCCAUGUUGGGCGGCGGGGCCAGGGCGUCCAAGCCGUCCUUCGUGUCGUACAUCAGCCCGGAGGAAAUACACAUAAAGGAACCCAUAGAAAAGGAAGUAAAUCCUCACUUACUGCCAGGUGAACUGCUGCUCUGUGAAGCCAGCACAGUGUGCAAGUAUGUGCAAGAAGAUGGGUCACAUCGUGGUACUUACGGGAAACUUGUCUGCACAAACUUUAAGAUUUCUUUCCUUGAUGAUGAUUCUGCUUCAGAUGAUAAUGAGCCACAAUUUAAGAAUAAGAUUGUAGGAGAAAAUGACAUAACUCUGCAGUGCGUAGAUCAAAUAUAUGGAGUUUUUGAUGAGAAAAAGAAACUUCUAACAGGACAGCUAAGAAAAUAUCCAGAGACGUUAAUUAUCUACUGUAAAGACCUUAGAGUAUUUAAUUUCUGCCUGAGAUACACAAAAGAAGAGGAAGUGAAAAGAAUCGUCAGUGGUAUAGUUCAUCAUAGCCAGACUCCUAAGCUGCUUAAACGUUUGUUUCUCUUCUCUUAUGCAUCAGCUGCUCCAAACAACACAGAUGGGAGGAACCAAACUGUGAUGUUUGAAACCUUGGAGGACUGGCGUGAUGAGCUGGAGCGGACCAAAGGGAAUGUGAAAUACAAAGCAGUGACCACCAACGAAGGCUACAGAGUCUCUGAAAAGCUGCCUUUGUAUUUUGUUGUUCCCAUAUGCAUUUCUGAAGAGAAUAUCUUGAAGUAUGAAGGCAGAGGCAUUCCUAUUUGGUGUUGGUCUUGCCAUAACGGUGCUGCUCUUCUCAAAAUGUCUUCGUUUCCCAAAGAACAGGAUGACAGUGCUUCACAAAUGCAAAAAGCCUUCUUGGAUGGAAUCUAUAAGACAAUUAGCAAACCUCCCUAUGAGCUCCUGAGGAUGGAUGACUUGUCAAGCAGCCUUCCAUCUCUGCAAGAUAUCCAGACUGCAUACACAAGAUUCAAACAGCUGUUUUUGAUAGAUAACAGUAUGGACUUCUGGGCAACUGAUGUGAAAUGGUUUUCAUUACUGGAGAGCACAAACUGGCUAGAAAUAAUCAGGAAGGUCUUGAAGAAAGCCAUAGAAGUUGCUGAGUGUCUGGAAAUACAGCAUACAAAUGUUCUCCUUAUAGAAGAGACUGCUACUGAUCUGUGCUGUGUAAUCUCGAGUCUGGUUCAAGUGAUGAUGGAUUCAUACAGCAGAACAAAGUCAGGGUUUCAGAGCCUUAUUCAGAAGGAGUGGGUGAUUGGAGGACAUAGCUUCUUGGAUCGCUGUAACCACUUACGCAAAAGUGAGAAAGAGGAGGCUCCUGUUUUUCUGCUCCUGCUAAAUUGUGUUUGGCAGCUGGUACAACAGUAUCCUCCAGCAUUUGAGUUCACUGAAACUUACUUAACUGUCUUGUCAGACAGCCUCUAUGUGCCUAUUUUUAGCACUUUCUUCUUCAACUCUCAACAUCAAAGAGACACUAAUAAGAGUGGGGAAAGCAUCAAGACACAAAGUGGUCCUUUCAGAUUCCUUACUGUGUGGGACUGGUCUGUGCAGUUUGACCCCAAGGCCCUGGCUUUCCUGAACAACCCUCUUUAUGCAGAGAAACCAAAACCAGAUAGAAGUCAACGGAAGACUUCACGGUUCAAACAUCAACGGCAACUUUCUUUGCCACUGACACAGGCAAAGCCUUCCACGAAGAGAGGAUUUUUCAGGGAGGAAACAGAUCUUUUUUUUAAAAACAUUCUGGGUAAAAGAAUUGGCAAGUUCAUAAAUUCUUCAGAUGAGCCCCCUAACAGCUUCAGGGAGUUUUAUGAUAACUGGCAUAGCAAACCUGUCGACUACCACGGUCUUCUGCUGCCGCGCAUCGACGGCCCCGAAAUCAAAGUCUGGGCACAGCGUUACCUGCGAUGGAUUCCUGAGGCCCAGCUCCAUGGCGGUGGAACAAUAGCUACAGCUGCCAGGAUUUUGGACUUGAUGGAGGAAGUGCAAAGCCUGCAGGUAAAAAUGGAUGAAGAACACAGUCAGGCUGUUUCUGGAGACGUACAUUCUGUUCCCUUGCUGAGGAAUUCUGCCCGUUUGUCAUCCUUGUUUCCAUUUGCUUUACUGCAGAGACAGUCUGUCAAACCAGCUUUACCCACUAGCACCUGGAAAGACUUGGAAGAUGAAGAUGACUUGGUCAAGAGGGAUGAUGAAUUUGUUGACCUAAGUGGGGAUAUGUUAUAACAUGUAUAUAGAUUACAGUGUGGAUUGUAUGUGGCUAAGCACUGAGUUUUAAAUGUUGUGCUGUAUCUUCAUAUAAGGAACUUGAGCAUCUGCAAACUGUUUAAUGGGUUUGUGGGGUUAAAAAUCCUUGAUUGGAAAGAACUAGUUGCUGUAAUUAACUGAGCAUGUUUUGAACUUCCAUUUCACUCUAACAAUAUUUAUUGCAGAACCAUAUUUUUAGCAUAGGUGUAAUUCAAAUGGGAGUGUUGGCUGUAGUAACAACAUGGCCACUCU